AUGCAAGGUGCAGCAUGUAAUGACAAGGAGGAAACUAUGCCAAGGUUGGAUGUUGUCGAAAGUCAAAAAGAGUUGAGUGCAACCAAAGGAGUGAAGAAGUGUACGUCAAAGAAGCUGGAUUUUACUCAUUUACAAAGCACACUCAGCACAAUCAACAAAAGGAUGAAUUUUACGCCUGAAACCCUGGAAGUACAGCCAAGCAUUCCUGCGCAACAGCCAGAAAAUAAAAAAAGAAAGAAUCACUUGACUGUGGCUAUGGCUGAGAAAAAGAAGCAUGAAGUACAACAUGAACCGUUAACACAAGGCUUGAACAAUUCUAAGCUUACAAAGGUGGGUGCAAAUGAACUUAAAAGGAAGCUCGAUCCAAUUCGUAAUAUGAAUAAUAACAUGCCAACAACUGUAAGCCAAGAUCGGAGUUGUGCAAAUUCUACUCAGCUCACAAUCAACCAAAUGCAGCAGCAGAUUAUUCAAGUCACACAUGGUAGAACUCAAAAAAGGCAACAUGACACUACUUUGCUGAGUUCAAACUCUACCCCACAAGCUGAAGAUUUAAUGUCGGAGCAAGAUGGAUCAAGAAAGGAAAAGAGCAAGCCAAGGGUAAAGGCUACAACUAUUGAUGAAUUUUUAAAAAAAAAUGGGAUAGAUGUAGAAAUUGAUGGACUAAGCUCUGAACUAAGUGAUGAUGUGGGAGAUAGCUUUCCACUUGAUGAAAAUUAUUAUUCACAUGUGAUGGAGGACAUUGAUGAUGACGAAGGAGAGCCAAAGAAGAAGAAAACCCGGGGAAAAACAACUUGCAAAGAGAUUUAUGCAAGAACUAUGGAACAGCGGGAAGAAGUUAUUUUUGAUAUUGGACAGCCAGUAGGACCAACCGAUCAAAGUGUGUCUAACUUAACUAGUUUCAUAGGAACAAUUGGGAGAAAUAAAAGAUUUGUGAGUCUUUUGUACACUAGCUGGCAUGCUGUAACUCCUAAAGCUAAGAAAUUCAUGUGGAACUAUGUUAAUGAAGGUGCGUAUAACACUGUUGAUAUCAUGCAGACCAAGUUUAUCCUCCCAGACAGUGGAGAAAAGUGGUCAAUAAGUGAAAAAAAUAAGAAACAUAAAGAACAGCAAAAGUUUUCACAUCGCAUGGGGCCAAUCAAUUUCGGAAGAGUACGAGUGGCUCUGCGCGCGACAAAGGAAACAAAUGAGGAACCAAAAAGGUUUGAAAUGUUCCUUGCUACUCGAACAAGUCGGAAAAGGAAGGAAGUUGAUCAGGAAACACAAGAUGCAAUUGAUGAAUUCCAAAACCGGCAAGCUGCUGGUGAAACAGAUGAGGAAGCUUUUGAGUCUUUAUUUGGAAAAGAACAACCAGGUCGGGUUAGGUGCUAUGGAAGAUCUAUUACACGACGUGACUUAAAAAAGCAUGCAGAAAUUUAUGAACUCAAGCAACAACACCAGGAGGAAGUCACAUCUUUGAAGGCUGAACUUGGAGACAUGAAGGCCAAACAGCAGCACCAAAAGGCUGACCUUCAUGGAUUGCGAAACAUGAUUAAGUUACUAGUUCAGCGAUCUGAACCUGGAAUGAGUCCGGAAGAAAUUGAAGCUUUGUUACAAGAUGCCCAACACUCUCCAAUUGAUGCAAAUAGCGCUCAUGGAUCAACACAUAUUCCAAACAUAAAUAUGGGUGAAAGCUCAAAAGACUUUGGUGAUAUGAAAAGUAGAGUAGUUUCAAUUAUCCUAUGCCUCUCGGAUAUUGAUAAUUCUGAAGAUGUGAAUGAAGAUUGA